AUGGAUAGUCUACGUAAUAGAAUUCGAAUCUCACGAGUUGCUGGAUUACUGAAUGUUCGCAGUAUCCACUGCUUAUUGACCAGAUGCCUAGUUAUGGUUGUCGGCCUUGGCACUUCAAUUUGGCAUAUCAGAGCAGAAAUUGCCAAUAAUUUUAAUCAAGCUGAGGCAAAGAAUGAGCAAAACGAGUGUGGAAUCGAUGGCAUACGUCGACAGAUAUCUAUUCUCAUGGAAGGCCUUCCGGAGGACUUACGACAAGUAGUGGGUCGAAGCUCUUCAGGAACUGGAGCUGCAAUGAGUGUACUUGAAAAUGGAUAG